CGAGUAGCGUUGACAGUGCAUAUCUCGCCCCUCUCGUGUGCCUCGCCCAGCGCCCCUGUCGAUGCCGCUUCAGCACUCCAAUCCGACGGGCAGCGCCGGUCAGCAGAGUCCCACCAACCAAACCGGACGCGACGACGCCGCCAACGACAGCAGCGAUGCCGGCGUCUUCGCCAGGCCGUCGCCAGAUGGACACGACGUCGUGGCGGCGACACCGACCAGCAGCGGACAGCACGAGAGCACUAUGGAAGCCGCGGAUGAGGCCGCGCAGCCGGCGAGUGAGCAGCGUCAGGCCGAGCCGGCGGAGAAGCCCUUCCUUGAGGCUGUUCGGGGCGUCAUUUCGGCCAUCCUACUGCCGAGUGGGCAAGCCAACCCGACGCAGACGGAUCUGUUGUGGCGGUUACUGCUGCUUUCAUUGGUGCCGAACGAGGCCAGGCGGCCGCCGAUCAUGGCGCCGUCACACCUGUCCAGGCAGCGCAACACGCGGUUCGACGACGUGUUCGCCUUCAUCAUCUCCCACCUGCACCAGCAGCCCCGGCAGACCGUCCGCCUGCUGACGUCACUGCAUGCCAUCGAGGCCCUCAGACACCCACUGGAGACGUUCCUGCUGGAGGAGCAUCCCAUCACCCAGCCACCGCCGUCAGAAGCGGCGUCUUCCCAAUCGCCCCUCCCCACCUCUGCGGAGAGCAGCACAUCAGCGGCAGCAUCGGCCAACGCCGCGUCAUCUCUGCCGGUGCCGGGCGAGAGCAACAAGGUGGCCAGCUUCACAUUCAGCGGCAGCAGCAGCGGACAUGCGCCCCCGCGCAAACAUGCGGGCGCGUCAUCCGGCCCGGCCACCGUCACACGUCUCGAGCACUGCCUCACUGUCGGUGCUUCCGCCGCGGGCAUAGCGGCCUUCUGCGGGUUCCUGCAGGUCCUCUUCGACGGCUGGGCGGGGGAGGGGAAGCGGUGGCCUCUGUUGGCGUGCUGCCUGGUGGUCUCGAAGGUGCUGUCAGGUCGGCGGUUCAGCCUGAGUGUGUCGGAGGUGGCUGAGCUGGGUGUGGAGCGGGCCCUGCUGCAGCUGCUGGCCGUGUACCCCUACGUCUGGAGCUACAACCACUCACACGACAUCCACACGGGCGCCCCGGCCACCGCGGCAUCUCAGGCCUUUGUGGGGGCGUGGCGGGUGUACCUGAAUGCCAACCAUCGGGUCAUCUUCACCCUGCGGCACCUGCUGAUACGGUGCAUGGACGCGCUGGCCUCACCCCUCCCCCACCCCUCCCGCAGAGACGCCCUCGCCGACGCGACGAGCAUCCGGCGACUGGCGCUGAGGAUCUGCGUUGAUGUCGACCGCCAUCUGUUCCCGCCAAACCACAGGUCGCCAUUCCCGGCCCCCCAGAAUGAUGACAGCCGCCCGCCGCUGCCACCGACGCCCCCAACAGAGUCGCUUCUGACCAGCUCGCAGGCCCUCCCGCAGAGCACGCCGUUGAGCGUCAUGUGGAGCACUGUCGACCGCCUCAUGCACGGCGACCACUCUCACACGGCCGCCACGCCGCCCGCAUCGGCCCCAUUUCUCGCCACAUACCCCCAGGGCCACCCCUCCCCGGCGUUGCUGGCCGUCCUGUCGAUGGCAUUGGCAAAGGCCGAGCAAGAGAGCGGCAACAGCGAUGGACAGGCGGGGUGCGGCAAGGCGGCCGCAUACGCGCUGUGUCAGCAGGUGAUACUCAUGGGGGGCGCGGGGAAGCCCGCUGGCGACGAGGGCCGCGCCCACACCGAGGGGCUUUUCGUCAAGCUGACGGGGCUGUGGGUGGUGCUGGCACGCUGCUACACCAGCUCCCUCUUCAAUCGUGACCUGGAGCCGCUGGCCGCCGACUGCCCCUGGCCCGUGACGCCAUCGCUUCGCCUGUUCCUCUCGUCAUUCAUGCGGCUGUGUCUCGAGGCGGACCUGUCGGCUCUCUCAGUGGCUGGUGUGCUGUCUCUGCUGGCGACCAGCUGUGCGCCGCCGGGGUAUGUGUAUCGGGCGAGAGGGGAGGUGCUGGCGUAUCGUGGCUGGCAUGCUGAUGCGGAGGAGGAUCGGCCAGCUGACAGGAUCGGUAUGGGCGGCGGUGUGUGUGGUCUGGAGAGGGACGUGGAUGCGGGCCGGCUGCGGGAGCUGAUGGACGACUUGGUCGCCAUGCUGAGGGACAAGAUGCCACUCAGGUGCGUCAAGACACGUCGGAAAUUCUCUCAUUCCCACCAUGUAUGUCUCUUGUGUCUGUGUGGUGUCUUUGUGUCAUGAUGCAGUCUCGCUGUGCGCAAGGGCCUGCAGCAUGUGCUCACCCCCGAGACGUCCCCCUUCGCCGCCGCCCUCUCGCGCAACCCACACCUGGCGUGCCUUCUCUCACCCACCACCAGCAACACCACUCAGGCACCCGACACCACCAACGGCGCCAGCACAGACAGCGACACACACAUGGCGGCGUGUGACGAGGAUGGGGGCGGUGCCGAGACCGACGAGGAGUCCAUCUCGUGGUACUCGGAUGAAGAGACCGACACCGACGACAACGAGGCCAUGGCGCCCGCCACGCCCCCCCCUGCACCCGUCGCCCCCACUCUCCCUCGCAAGCGGCGGAAGAUGCACAACGGCACCCCUCUCCGCUGCUACAAGUCCAACAACUCGUCGCCACACAUUCACAAGACCGCCACCAGCAGCAGAGCCGCCAAUCCUGGUGCUGAUGCCGAUGGGGGUGGGGGUGGGGGCGCGCCGCCGCUCCCCGUGGUCAACCUGCCUGGCCGAGCGGGAGGGAGCAAGUUCAUCGGCCUCCAGAAUGUCGGCAACACGUGCUACCUCGCGAGCUUCCUGCAGGCCCUCUUUCUCACGGAGCCCUUCACAGCGCGGCUCUUCAAGGACAUCAACCAGCGAGGCAGAGGCAGGGGCGGCGGUGUGGCUGGUGUGGGUCUGGGUGUGGGUGUGGGUGAGGCCGGGCGGCACAUGGACAUGGGCCUAGAGUCGCUGCUGGGCUACCUGUUCGGUGGGCUCCAUCUGAGCACCCGGCUUUACCUCAACCCCAGGAUGAUCGCGGAGCGGACGCCGUUUGGCGUAGGGCUGCAACAGGUGGGCGAGGCAACACACGCCACCGCACACGACACAAAGUCGUAUGCAUCUUGUGCAUCUCGGCACCGUUUUCCUGUCUGUCUGUCUGUCUGUCUCAGGAUGUGACGGAGCUGGCUAGGUGGAUGUGGGACGCACUUGGCGGUGCGGGCAACCACCUCAUCUCGACGCAAUCGAGCCCCAGCUCAACGGCCAUCACACAGCCCCCUGUACCCCACCCACCCCCUCGCCCUCUGUCACCCUCACGCACACCAGCCGGCGGGUCCUCGGCGUCGUCAUCGCACUCCCAGGCACCACCACCAGCACCAACAGCAGAGGCAGGAGCCUCGUCGUCACAUGCACGGAAGAAGUGUGCCGUCGAUUCUUGCUUCAGCGGCCGUCUGCUGUGCAUCACCAAGUGCAGCCGGCCCACGUGUGGGCACGUCCACGUGCGCACAGAGACCUUCUACGACAUCGGUCUGCCGGUCGACCCGCACCCACCGCACCCACCGCCAUCCUUCUCCUUCCCCCCGGCCCCCUCACCCAGCAGCAACGGCGGUCCAGGGCCUGGCCAAGGACAGCCACCAGGAGGGCAGUACGACAAGACAGGCGGGGGGGGCGACGGCGGCGUGAGCGGUUCGGGCGGCGGGAUGAAGCCGGUUUUGCCUCAAGGUGCUACGGGGGGCUUCACAGGCCCAGCACCCGCCGGAUCAGGCAUCGGUGUGGACGUGGGUAUGGGUGUGGGGGUGGGGGUGGGUGUGGGUAUGGAGGACAUCGAGGCGGUCGGUGCGCCCCGGCACGGCAAGAGCCGGGGCUCACAGGCGUCGUUCUUCCCUGGAUCGCAGCAGCCGAGGCACAUACCCUUCUUUGGACUGAAGGGUACGGGAGGAGGCAGGGAGGGGAUGAUGCAUGCGGGUGGAUUUGACCUUCUCCGUGUGUGUGUGUGUGUGUGGUCUCAUGUAUUCCAGGUGGCGAGAACCCCGCCGGCCACAGCCGCGGGGUGCCCCCUGCGGGCCACCCCUCCCUCGUCCCACCUCCCUCUGAGUACAGCAUCGUUGUCCACCCGCCCUCCACGGCAAACGCGGCCACAGACACGUCAUCUCUCCCCGCCAACAACAAUGCGGCCCCAGGAGCGGCGUCAUCGAGCAGCGGCAGCAGUGGGGGCGAUCGGCAGGCGAGCAUGCUGGUGAGCGACCUGCUCGACCGGUUUCUGUCGUGUGAGCUGUUGAGCGACUACAAGUGCGACGGCUGUGGCGAGAAGGGCGUGUGCAACCGUCAGUACUUCGUCAUCGAGAAGCCCAAGCACCUCAUCCUGAUUCUGAACCGGUUCGAGUUCGACCGCCGCACCAGUUUGCAGCACAAGAAGAGCACCCGCGUGACGGUCGAGCGGAAGCUCAACCUGCCCCUGCACACGCAGGCCCAGCCACCAAUGCCCUCCCCAUCCACCACCGCACCACCACCCACUCUCGCCCUGCAGCAUCACCAGAUCAUCCACGCGCCAAACAUCAAGGGCGCCAUUCCCUCAGGCCCUCCCGUCCUCCCGCCCGCCCCCUCCGCAUGCCAGUCGCAGAUGAGCGCCACGGCCGGCCUGGCGAGCGAGGGCAGCGCGCCAUACGCCCUCUACAGCGUGGUGGUGCACCAGGGGGCCACGCCGUACUCCGGCCACUACUUCAACAUCGGCAGCACUACCAGGGCGGUGCUGCGGGGCGAGGAGAGCGACUCACGGCGGGCGGACGCCAUUAUGAGCGGCGUUGGCAGCAGCGGGGCCGACGCACUGCAGCAGCAGAAGGGGGACGGCAAGGAUGCCGCUGGGGAGGACUGGUACGAGUUCAACGACAGCGUGGUGAGCAAAUUCGACGUCGACAAGCUCAACGAGCGCGUCAACGGGUACGCCACGGCCUACAUGCUCUUCUACACCCUGGUGGAGCAGCCCACGCCCCCCACCCUGCCGCUGCUCAUCCCACGACCCAUCUACCACCACGUGCUGUGGGACAACCUCAUGGCCGCCAUGGGUGACCCGCCAUUGCUGCCCGAAGGCUUCGUCGCCUCACACACACAGGCGGCAGGCGGCCAGGCAGGAGGGGACAAGAGCGGCAAGGGCGGGGGCGGUGGGGGACGCAGUACGACUGUCGACCGCCCUGUGUCGAUUAUAGACACGUCGGGGCCAUCGCAGAUCUUCUGAUGGCCGGCAGGGGAGGUGGCGAAACAGAGCGAUAGAGGCAGGCAGGCAGGCAGGAAGGCAUGUGUGCCC